GUCUGUAUCUUGUAGGCGCUUAUUGAAAAGUGAAGGCUGAUGGCAAAAUUUGAUUCCCAAGACCACCAACAUCUUCGUUACAACCCAUUGCGGGAUGACUGGGUGCUGGUGUGCCCCCACCGAAUGAAGCGACCAUGGGCAGGGCAUGUUGAGAAGCCGGAGGAAGAACAGAUACCCAGACACGACCCCAAGAACCCACUAUGUCCUGGCAACACAAGGCCAAAUGGCAAAGUGAAUCCAGACUAUGAGAGCACAUUCUUGUUCACCAAUGAUUUUCCCGCUCUUUUGGAGGAAGGUCCUGCACCAGAGGAGAGCUCUGACCCCCUGUUUCGCUGUGCUGAGGCCCGGGGUACGUGCAAGGUGAUGUGUUUUCACCCCUGGUCUGACAUCACCCUGCCCCUUAUGUCGCUCCCUGAGAUUCGGGUCGUGAUCGACAAAUUGGCGGAGAUCAACAUUGAUCUUGGGAAGAAGUAUACAUGGGUUCAGAUAUUUGAGAACCGUGGUGCUAUAAUGGGCUGCUCCAAUCCCCACCCCCACUGUCAGGUGUGGGCGAGCUCCUACCUCUCUAACGAACCCUCCAUCAAACACCGAACACAGCGGGAGUACCACCUCAAACACAACUCCAAUAUGCUGCUGGAUUAUGUUAAUAGGGAAUUACAAAAGAAGGAGCGGGUGAUCCUGGAAAACGAACACUGGGUGUGGCUUGUGCCAUACUGGGCAGUCUGGCCAUAUGAGACAAUACUACUGCCCAAAGCCCACGUGCUGCGAAUAGAAGAUCUGACAGAAUCUCAAAAAGAUGCCCUGGCAGACAUCACCAAGAGGCUGCUUACCAAGUAUGAUAACCUGUUUGAAGUUUCUUUCCCCUAUUCUAUGGGAUGGGUCGGUGCUCCCACUGGCAAGUACCUGUCUGAGGACUGCAAUUUCUGGCAGCUGCAUGCAGUGUACUACCCUCCAUUAUUACGUUCAGCCAAGGUGAAAAAGUUCAUGGUGGGUUAUGAGAUGUUGGCCACAGCACAGAGAGACCUCACAGCAGAACAGGCAGCAGAAAAAUUGAAAGGUUUACCAGAGGAACAUUACAAGAACAGAAAAUCAGACAGUAGUUAAUGAUAGCUUCAUAGCUAGAUUUGCUGUGUAUAAUUAUGCUAGAGUCUAAUUUUGGCCAUCUACAGAAAAUAGAGCAUCUGUUCUUUGGCCUCUGUGGUACUUUUUAGAACUGAUAAAUGAAUGUGAUCGUAGCAAAUAUCCAAUAAAACAUUGUAGCAGUAUUCUGAAUGGUGACAAUCAAGUUAUGUUCUUAAGUAAUAAUUAUUGUGUUGAAGUUUAACUUUUAUUUAGAAUGAUUGUACAAUAAGUUAUGAAGGCAUAAGGCAACUCCUUUUUAUUUUUUGUUCCUUGGAUUUUAGCCAGAAAAAUGGUAGGUGAGACAAAUCAAUGAGCAAAAUAAGAAAAGUUGAAUAAAUUAUGAUCCUUCACCAAACAUUAAACAAAUUUUCUUUUGUUUUUAAGCUAGAAUUCAAGAAAAAUGUCAGUUUUAUGGCAUUAGUUGUAUAACUGUGUGAUAGACAUAUCGACAUAUAAUUGUAUUGCAGUGAAAAUAACAGCAUAUAAAUAACAUGAUAUUUCACAGAAAAUAAUAAUAUUAUUAAAAUAGAAUUUUACUUUAUAUAUAUUAUUGAACAUUUUUUGUGUUAAGGAUUGUAAAAUAUAUAAUGUAUUAUACUUCAGAUAUAAGUGAUUUUUACUUUCAUCUUAGAUUUACUGUCUGUUAUAGUCUGUAUUACCUGCAGCAAAAAAACAUGAUAAAGAAACAAGAAUGAAAACUCUUAGUUUGUAACUGCUGAUGCAUUAAAUUAACUCGCUCAUGGUUUGUAACAUGCAUUUUUAGCUCGAUUAUUCCAAGAAUAUGUAGAGCUAUACUACUCACCCUGGCGUCAGCGUCGGCGUUGGCGUCACACCUUGGUUAAGGUUUUGCAUGUUAGCACCUUUAAGUCAUUAUCUCAGCUUGAAAAUGUGCAGGGAGAAUAAUAUAGAUGUAUGUAGGUUGUUAUGGGGUUUAUUUUGAUUGGAGUUUUCUAUUAACCAUUAUUUGUUACAUUUGUUAAUUUGAUAGUACCUUUUGCUGUCAACUGAUACUGAUAUUGGAAUGUUGAUGGAAUAAAAAAAAAAUGAACUGGA